UCUCUUCCUCACCAUAAUCCACUCCUUUCCCCGCUACUAUCGUGCUGGUCCACGAAUCUCGUCUGGUGGUGUGCGGUUUAGAAACGACACAACAAAGUUGAUCUUUAUGAGGAAUCCAAACAUGUUCACCACUGCAGUAGUCCUGGCAUCCCUGCUCAGUGUAGCAUCGGCCAUUGAUCGAACCACGGUGGCGGAACAAUCAGCUAUUUCUGACCCUGCGGAGCAGUGUACGACUUACAAUUUCCCACCGAUUGAGGAGGAAAUACCUAAAUUUCCGCAAGUUUUCACGAAAGCGACCAUACUUGAGAAUGAUGAUGUUGCACGCGCGAAAUUUGAAGAAAUAUCGAGCAAGAUUCCGGAUAUUGCUCCGAAAAAGGAGGGGGACAUAGAUAAUUACGACACUGAUCAGGAUUCUGAUUGCUGGUGGACGGCGACACUAUGUACCCAACCCAAGGCGAAGGACGUUCUUGCAGAUAUCAGUUUGGUCCCCGAGCCUCAAACCCUUGGAUAUGGUUUCGACGACGGGCCUAAUUGUUCGCAUAACGCGUUCUACGACCAUCUUACAGCGCAGAAACAGAAAGCGACUAUGUUCUUCAUCGGGAGUAACGUGUUGACCUGGCCGUUGCAAGCCAAGCGAGCGAUGGAUGACGGUCACGAAAUUUGUGUUCAUACCUGGUCUCACCCUCAAAUGACAACCUUGAGUAACGAAGAUGCAUUCGCGGAGAUCUAUUAUAGUAUGCAAGCUAUCAAGCUCCUCACUGGCGCUACACCUACAUGCUUCAGGCCACCCUUCGGUGACAUCGAUGAUCGCAUUCGUGCUAUAUCUAAUAGCCUCGGGCUCACAAAUAUUCUGUGGCAAUUCGACACUAACGAUAGCGUUCCUGGCCCGUCGGGAGAAGUCGAGGAGGCUAAUAUUCAGAAAAGCUAUCUUAAUUUCAUCGAGGCUGCUAAUAAUGGAACAUUCAGCACGCGAGGAGCAAUCCUUCUCGCACACGAGACGAACAACCUGACAAUGCAACAGGCAAUCAAUUUCUAUCCCCAGUUGAGAGCUGCGUUUAAGCACAUUGUUCCUAUUGGAGUUGCUUUCAACAAGACUCAGCCGUAUGUCGAACAAGAUUUCAAAUUCCCUGACUUUGCUAAAUACAUCGAGACGGAGGUGACGACAGUCCAAAAUGGGACCCCGUCAACCGGUACUAUAGGUACCACUUCGUCGACGCAAUCCAGUGUUGUCUCACCAGCUUCUAGUACCUCGGGAACUCCUCCUUCCAUCCCUAUUUCCAUUUCCACUGCUAGCUCGGGCUCAGCUCAAGCAGCCUUACCGACCGGCAGCGAUAACAGCCCCGAUGGUCUAGUAAGGAAGAUGACAGUGAACGCAUCUUUUACUCCGAAGGGUGUUGGUUUCAUCAUGUCGUCUCAGAAUGACGGUAACGGCGCAGAAUCUUUGUCCCUUUCUUCUACAGCUGUCGUUCUCGUCCCUGUGGUAUUACUCCUGCUUUAGUUUGUUGGCUUAUUUGGGACGCUUUAAGAUACGCUGUAAAUUCUGUACUGAUCUUUUAAAUAAUUGC